GACACUAGACCCCAGCUCUCCAGCAGUGUCCCAGGCCCUGGAUGCUAUAAGAGAGGUAAGGUUGGACAGCUUCAGCCUGGCUAGUCUCAGAGAUGAGAAAAUCAUCAACCUCUGGUUCAACACCAGACUGCGUCCCUUCCUACCUGCCGUCUCCACUGACUUCCUGUCCUGCCUCGGCACCAAGAACUUCAGCUGCUCCACCUACCAGACCACCGUUCAGAUCCUGAGCAGCCACCACUCAGCCAUGGACCAGUCCAGACAGAUAUCAGUCUAUACUACCUACAUAGAGGUCUUUCUUUCCAGGAACAACACAGCAGACCCCAGCUGUAGCUCUGACACCCUGAACAGUGGAGACUGGCUGCUGAAGAACUUCAGAGGAUUCUCUGCCUUCGCCUCCUUCAAGGACAUGCAGAGACUACUGGCCAGCUUCUCUGUGACGGAGGCCCUGCCCCAGCUCACAGUGAGACAGUUGGCAGAGGUGUCCUCCAGUCCAGACCAGCUCAGCUCUGCUGCUGACGUCACCAUACUGAUGAACUACGUACCCAACAUCCUCUUCACUGACUUCUUCACGGACUUCUCUCUGGCCAUCACCGGUCAAGAGUCUAAGUUCCCGGUGGCGGUACGUUCAGCCAUGCUCCAGCAGGUGUUUGAACGCGGGAACCUAUCAGACCGCUCUGUUAGCGACCAAGAAGUACUCACCUGGCUUCAGAGCAGGCUCCGCCCACUGCUGAUCAACCUGUCCCCGCUUCAUGUCGCCCCCCUCUUCAGUGUGGUCGCACAGAGGAACUGCAACAUUGGACAGCAGCUGGUGGAGGUGCUGAACGCCACCCUCCCUACACUUCAGGACAACACACAGAGAAACGUCUAA